AGGAAGGAAUAGGUGAAAACGAGGCCUUAUUAUGCGAAGAUUGCAAGAAGACUGCAGAUGGCGGUGAUGAUGAUGCUCAGCCAAGCUCAGCCUCCGAGCGCCGGAGGAGCCACAUCCGCUUCCAGAUGCUCCCUAUCCUCUCCGUCCCAAUUCACCCAUUCCUCCUCUCUCUUCGUCCACAUCCGCCCCAAGUUUCUGUCCAGAAGCGACCCCAAAGCCAACAGAUUUCCUAGUCUACUCACCGCCGCAAACGCCGAGGGGGGCGGCGGCCCCGCCACCAAGCCCAGCCCGCCGGCGCCGCGGCCUUAUAUUGCCGACGACACCGCCGUGUCAUUUGUCGGGGAGGAGAGCGUCCCUCUCGAGGGCGUCAUUCAGUUCGACAAACCCAAUUCUUCUUCGCUUAUCAGCAAAUGGGGUCGGGUGGCUCUUCUUGCUGGUGGUGAUGUGUUGGCUUUGCUUCUAUUCUCUGCAAUCGGGAGGUUUAGCCAUGGAUUCUCUGUUCUUGACACUGAAACUCUGCGCACAGCUGAUCCUUUUAUUGCCGGAUGGUUUUUGGGUGCUUAUUUCCUUGGGGGUUACGGGGAGGACGGCCGAGGAAUGAAUGGCCGGUCUAAAGCUGUCAUUGCUGCUGCCAAAUCAUGGUCUCUGGGUAUCCCGAUAGCAAUUAUUAUAAGGGCAGCAACAAUAGGUCAUAUUCCACCGCCCAAUUUUAUUCUAGUAACCUUGGGAAGUACUGCUUUAUUACUUGUUGGAUGGAGAGCGUUAUUGUUCGGCACCUUCCUCGAUGAUAACAAGAACAAGAAUGACACGUAUAGGCAGGGCAACCCAUUUGAACUCUUUGAGCUGCUCACAUCGUUAGUUCGAAGGUGGUGAUGGAAAUUCUUCUCCUUUUCUUGUAACCUUGAUUUCCUUAUCCUGUCUCCAACAUUUUGUUUUUCCAAGUUCAUAAUUUUCAAUGCCCAAUACUCGAGUUGUAUCGAGCAGCGACCAAUGUAAGCAUUGCAAGAGGAACCUGCAUUCUUACGUUGUAUAGUUUUUACUGAUCCAAGUGGAGCAACUCAUUUGAAAUCUUCUUUGGUGUUCAUAUUGCUUCUAAUUUCCUCGACUGCAACAAACAAUUGAAGCCCGUUGUAUUAGAAAUUAUAUGUUCAUGUUUGAGGGAAAAUGAGUGUUAUUUUCCUCCCUGUAAUUGAUGACCUUAACUGAGAAAAUGGAGAAUAUGUACGGGGAAAAUUGUGUUCUAAUAUGUGUGAUAAUGUGAAGACAGGCAAGGGCUGGCUUUAAAUUUGAUGUAAAAAAUGUCUUCUAUGUACAGCAAAAAAGUCAAAAGAUUGAACUAGUA